GGGAACUCGCAAGGCAUUCUGGGUACUGUCAUGGUGGCUCGCUGUGGAUGUGAACAAAACGUUUCCUUACAUGUUUUAGUUUUGUUGUCGUCGAAACAUUUUAAGUAGUUUUUGCUAACUUUUGGAUAAACCUGCCAGCGAAAUGGCUUCCACGGCGGCAGGCAAACAGCGGAUACCGAAGGUGGCGAAGGUGAAGAAUAAAGCUCCCGCAGAGGUUCAGAUCACUGCUGAGCAGCUGCUGAGGGAAGCCAAAGAGAGAGAGCUCGAACUUCUCCCUCCACCACCAAAACAGAAGAUCACUGAUGAGGAGGAGCUGAACGAUUACAAACUCAAGAAGAGGAAGGGGUUUGAGGACAACAUCAGAAAGAAUCGCACUGUCAUCAGUAACUGGAUAAAAUACGCACAAUGGGAGGAAAGCCUGAAGGAGAUCCAGAGGGCCCGUUCCAUUUACGAGCGAGCGCUGGACGUCGAUCACCGCAACAUCACUCUGUGGCUGAAGUAUGCCGAGAUGGAGAUGAAGAGCCGGCAGGUGAACCACGCCCGCAACAUCUGGGACAGAGCCAUCACCAUCCUCCCACGAGUCAACCAGUUCUGGUACAAGUACACCUACAUGGAGGAGAUGCUGGGGAACGUCGCUGGCUGCAGGCAGGUGUUUGAGCGUUGGAUGGAGUGGGAGCCUGAGGAACAGGCCUGGCACUCCUACAUCAACUUUGAGCUGCGCUACAAGGAAGUGGACAAAGCCCGCACCAUUUAUGAGCGAUUCGUCAUGGUUCACCCCGAAGUGAAGAACUGGAUCAAGUACGCUCGUUUUGAAGAGAAGCAUGGCUACAUCGCUCACAGCAGGAAGGUGUACGAGAGGGCGGUGGAGUUCUUCGGAGAGGAACAUGUGGACGAAAACCUCUUUGUGGCCUUUGCCAAGUUUGAGGAGACGCAGAAAGAGUUUGAACGUGUUCGGGUGAUCUAUAAGUACGCUUUGGACAGAAUUCCUAAACACCAGGCACAGGAGCUCUUCAAGUACUACACGAUGUUCGAGAAGAAGUUUGGAGACCGGAGGGGAAUCGAAGACGUCAUUGUCAGCAAACGAAGGUUCCAGUAUGAGGAGGAAGUCAAGGCGAACCCACACAACUACGACGCGUGGUUUGAUUACCUCCGCCUCGUGGAGAACGACGCUGACCCUGACACAGUGAGAGAGGUUUAUGAGAGAGCCAUCGCCAACGUGCCCCCCAUCCAGGAGAAGAGACACUGGAAACGAUACAUCUACCUGUGGAUCAACUACGCUCUGUACGAAGAGCUGGAGGUCAAGGAUCCUGAGACAACAAGGCAGGUGUACCAGGCCUGUCUGGAUCUCAUCCCACAUAAAAAGUUCACAUUUGCUAAGAUUUGGCUGCUCUACGCUCAGUUUGAGAUCCGGCAGAAGAACCUGCAGGGAGCUCGAAAGGUCAUGGGUACUGCGAUCGGUAAAUGCCCGAAGAACAAACUGCUGAAGGGCUACAUCGAGCUGGAGCUGCAGCUGCGCGAGUUCGACCGCUGCAGGAAGCUGUAUGAGAAAUACCUGGAGUUCAGUCCGGAGAACUGCACCACCUGGAUCAAGUUCUCAGAGCUGGAGACGAUCCUGGGAGACAUCGAGCGAGCCCGCGGCAUCUUCGAACUCGCCAUCGGACAGCCACGACUGGACAUGCCAGAGGUGCUGUGGAAGUCCUACAUUGACUUUGAGAUUGAGCAGGAGGAGUUUGGAAACACCAGAAACCUUUACAAAAGGCUGCUGCAGCGCACACAGCAUGUCAAGGUUUGGAUCAGCUACGCCAAGUUCGAGCUGUCCAUCGACAGCCCCGACAGGCUGCACAGGUGCCGGCAGAUCUUCGAGGAGGCCAACAAGAGCAUGAGGAACUGCGAGGAGAAGGAGGAGCGGCUGAUGCUGCUCGAGUCCUGGAGCGACUUUGAGAAGGAGUUCGGCUCCGACAGCACCAUGGAGAGAGUCAGGAAGCUGCUGCCAGAGAAGGUGAAGAAGAGGAGGAAGCUGACGGCCGAGGACGGGUCGGACGCAGGUUGGGAGGAGUACUACGACUACAUCUUCCCAGAGGAUGCCGCCAACCAGCCCAACCUCAAACUGCUGGCAAUGGCAAAGAUGUGGAAGAGGCAGCAGAUGGUGGAGGAGGACGUUCCAGAAAAAGCUCCAACGGCCGAAGAGACGUCGUCGCCGUCCUCUGACGAAACCGCAGCUCCUCCUGAAAACCUGCCGGAAAACGACUCCGACAGAAACACUGCAACCGAAACAGAGCAGGAGAAGACGUACGACGACCGGGAUGACGACGACAGCAGCAGCAGCAGCAGCGACAGUGACAGUAAUGAUGGAGAGAAAGAGGCGAAAGAGAGCCGGAGUGGAGAUGAAGAUAAAGAUAAAGAUUAGAUUGAUGUUUCCCCGCUCAGGGACAGACGUUCAUCCCGGAUCAAUGUUUUUUUUUUUUUUUUUUUUUACUGAUCUGUUUUUCUAACAAAAACAACAAACCCAGCUCACGAGCAGUCUUUAUUGUAUGACCAUGUUUUCUCUGCAAUGGAGCCAUCAGACGUGCAUCAAUACAAAUACAAUACUCGCUUGUUGUUAUUUCUUAAGCAAAUGCUCAUUUAGAAUUUACAGGAAAUAAAACUGAAUGGGUAUUAGAUUGUUGAGGAAAUUAAAAUUUGUACAACCAGUGGCUCUCUGACUGUGACUCAGCGCUAAGAAAUGGUAAGCAACAUAUGUGACAGUUUAACUAUGUACAAUGUAACUGAGCAGGACCUGUAAUUACAUAUAAUUCACACGUGAUUCUCAGGAUAAAGAGAGCAGCGCGUCAGAGAGCCACAGUCUACUGUUAUUCGAUGUCUUCUGGUCUGACGGGAUGUGGCAGCGGGAUGAUUGACUUCUUCUCUGUGUCUCUGGACAGAGCUUUCCUCAUAUCUGCAAGAAGGGAAAAAAGAAAUAUAAAUAGUCACGGCUCUGUUUGUUCUGGAGGAACAGCGCCCUCUUCUGUUGCGUGUUAUAAAGCCGAAUAAAUGUGCAGCACAGAGGCUUUGUUUGUAAUA